UUUCUGUUGCAACAUUGUUGUACCCGGAGUCUUGGCAUGCUACACAGGAAGUCUUGUCCGGUUAGCCGAAGUUGCGGUGUGAUGUGCUAAUUUCGUAUAGUUUUAUUUCCUAGACAUUAUAUACCCUUUUGAAGUGUAGCACAUUUCGUUUUCAUCAUGUUGAUCAAAGUUAAGACCCUUACUGGAAAAGAAAUUGAGAUCGACAUUGAGCCUACAGACAAGGUGGAGAGAAUUAAAGAAAGGGUGGAGGAGAAGGAAGGGAUCCCUCCGCAGCAGCAAAGGCUCAUCUACAGUGGGAAGCAGAUGAAUGACGAGAAGACCGCCGCUGACUACAAGAUCCAGGGGGGGUCGGUGCUCCAUCUUGUGUUGGCACUAAGGGGAGGAUCAACAACCCACUACUGCAGCACGCACCUCUUGUGGUCAUGAGACCCGCCAAUUGCCACCGCUUUGGCACUCAAAAGAAAAUAUUUGAAUUUGCUUUCUUCGUGCCAAUGUAUCCAGAGGAGGAAAAAACACCCAGAAAGCUUUGCUUUGUUAGUUUCUUUUUGUGAAUAAAUCCUAAAGCUCACUUAAGUUUUGUUCUCUAGUAAAUAAAGUCACUCAGUUGUUUGUAGAUGUAUUUUCUUUAUUAGAAAAGAGAAUCUUCAAAAGACAAGCCAAACAGCUGACAGUAAAUUCUCUCCGGUCUUUUCUUUACAUUAAAGUAGUGAAGUCAAUGCAAAAAAAAGUCAGGUCGAUUGACAUGUAUCCUGUUUCUAAAAAAAAAAAAA